CAAUCGGAAGACUUUGUGAAAAGUGUGAUGGCAAAUGCGUGAUCUGUGACUCCUAUGUGCGGCCCUGCACUCUCGUACGCAUAUGUGACGAGUGUAACUACGGCUCGUACCAAGGGCGCUGCGUGAUCUGCGGGGGUCCAGGAGUGUCUGAUGCCUACUACUGCAAGGAGUGCACCAUCCAGGAAAAAGAUAGAGAUGGUUGCCCUAAGAUCGUCAACCUGGGCAGUUCCAAGACAGAUCUCUUCUAUGAAAGGAAAAAAUAUGGCUUCAAGAAGAGGUGAUCCUAUCCAUGUGUGGCUACACCUCCUGUCGGGUUGGCAAGAGGGUCUUGGAACAUCUCUGGACUUUACUACAACCGGUUGAUUAUUUUUUUUUCCUAAAGCAGUACAAAUUCAGUAGUAUACUUGGGGUUGGAGAAGUAACGGACUGAGUGGGGACUGAAACCUGAUCAGAACUGUCUAUCAGAAAGGGCAAAUG